GAACCCUCUCCGGGGCUGGCGGCGGAGCCUUGCUUAUUUUACCUAAGUUAAGUGAUGGAACCAUACACUAAAGAAAAAAAAAUCAUCCUUGGGUCUUUGGUGUUCAUGUUUGUGUAAAAGAAUCUAGGAUGUUCCAAGAAAAGGCGUCAGCAAAUUGCUUAAAUAUAGUAACAACAUCUCCUGAAGAUGGUGCUUUCCAAAAAAAAGGCCAUAGUGCUCGAGUCCUUAGCCCAGAAGAAGUGGAAAAACUGGCAAAAGAUCGGGUUUUGGUGUCUGAGUUCAAACAACUAAAACUGGAGAAAGAGGCACAGAAGAACUGGGAUCUAUUUUACAAAAGAAACAGCACCAAUUUCUUCAAAGACAGACAUUGGACAACCAGAGAGUUUCAAGAGUUAAAGGCAUGUCGUGAGUUUGCAGAUCAAAAACUGACCAUUCUGGAAGCAGGCUGUGGGGUUGGGAACUGCUUGUUUCCACUCUUAGAAGAAGAUAAGAAUAUUUUUGCAUAUGCCUGUGAUUUCUCUCCUAGAGCUGUGGAGUAUGUGAAGAAAAAUGCCUUAUAUAGUACAGAAAGGUGUAAAGUGUUCCAGUGUGAUCUUACCAAAGAUGAUCUUCUAGACAAUAUACCAGCAGAUUCCGUGGAUGUUGUCACACUUAUAUUUGUGCUUUCUGCCAUUCAUCCUGACAAAAUGCAUCUUGUCCUGAGGAAUAUUUACAAGGUAUUAAAACCAGGCAAGUGUGUCCUGUUCCGAGACUAUGGCCUGUAUGAUCAUGCAAUGCUCAGGUUUAAAUCAGGCAGCAAACUUGGGGAAAACUUUUAUGUCAGACAAGAUGGGACAAGAUCGUAUUUUUUUACUGCAGAGUUCUUAUCUCAGCUUUUCAGGGCUGAGGGAUAUGAGCAAGUGGUCAAUGAAUAUGUGCAGCGAGAAACUGUGAAUAGGAAAGAAGACUUGCGUGUUCCAAGAGUUUUUCUUCAAAGCAAAUUUCAAAAACCUUCAAGUGAGACAUAAGUUCCUGCUGAUCAGCAACAGCAUUGCUUGCUUGAAAUGGAAGCUAGCACAUAAGCUGUGUGCUCAUCUUUCUGGUGAACCAAAAAUGUUGGCAUCCAGUAUUUCUUGUUGGUUUCCAUCCUAGAAUACAAAAUAUGAAUCCUAUUUCUAAUUCAAUUUUAAGGUGGUUUAGUGAUGCAGGCAACCUGUUGAGCAUCUGUGUUCCUGCUUCUAAAAUAAAACCUAUGCAACAUUGUUGGAGGAUCAGGUAAAGCAUAUAAAUAAACUUCCAUUUUUAUUAAAAACUA